AAGCUGGACAACAGGAAAAAAGUAUGAAAAGCGUCUCUGUCAGUCAAUUUACUAAUAUUUAUACAGAAAAUGGUAGACCAUAAAAAUAAAGAGGAAGAGGUUAUCAGCUUUGGUGUAUCGUGUAUUUAUUAAAAAUCAUGAAUUUCCAUAGAUUCAUAACGAAACUUUAGUGUGAAUCUGUGGAGAUGGGCGGGGCCCAUAGGCCAAGAGCGUUGUGAAUGGGCGGGGCGUGAUAGGCCAGAAAUAGGAAAGGUGGGCGGGGAUUAAUAUCCCAGAGGAUUACCCUGAGCCCGCCCUCUUCUCGGCAACCAAUGACGUAAGAGGCCAUUCAACUGCCUGAUGUCCAGCUGCUCAGGAGCUUCUUGUUGAUUGUGCUCAGUGUAAAAGAUUAAGAGCACUCAUCCAAGAGGACAGACCACUAAUGCCCACCAUUCCAUCACCAUCUCAAGGUCAGGGCAUUUAGUAAUAUUACUUUUUUUAAUUCAUUUCAAUGUUUCAGCACAGGUGUCUCUUUGCCUAGAAUAAGUUGGGUUCAUUAUUUUCAGAUCUCCUAAUCAGAUGCUUAACACAACAAAUUGAAUAUUUAAACCCCUCUAAAGGACUGAGUGCACCAAAGAAAGCUUCAUCUGCCAGAAGUGUCGAUUUGGUGCAUGAACCAGCCAUCUGCCGUGACUGGCCAGAAUCCGCCAAAGUUCUGAGACAUCAUAACAACAAGCUAAGGAUGCUGACCCACAGGUGGAAGAAGCUUGGUCUCUCAGAUCCUGUCAGUGGUAACAAGAAUGAGCACACGCGUGAGCAGAGCCAUAAAAAGAAGCAACUUGCAAAGAAAAACUGUUUGCUGAAAAUGAACCCCAUACGGGCAAGACAAUCUCAAAGAGAAAAUACGGAAAAAGAUGUCUUACACCGUUUAAGUUCGAACAUCUCUGAAGCUGGACUUUUAGAAGGGAAAGUAAGUGACACACACUCAUUGAAUAACAUGUCAGGAUCGUCAGAGUGCCACACGGACAGUGACGUUUCAGAUCAAGAGCAGGAAAGCAUUGAAAUGUCAAAGUGGGCAGCAGCUGUGGAAUUAGACUUGAAGCCAGAACCUUUUGAUGAGGACCUGGAUCAUUGUUCCACAGAAACUGCGUUUUACCCAGAGGUUCUUCCUGCAUCACUGGACUCCACACAGAGUCUGUCUUCUGAAAAUCUUGAUGUGACUGAGACUUGCCUUGAUUCUGUAAUAGCACGACUGAUGGAGAUAGAAAAGCUCCAGGCUGCUACUGUGGAGAAAGAAAAAGCAAAACUAGCUAGAUCCCGUCCAGCUACUGCUAACACACAAAACAGCAAACGUUUAAGAAAAAGUGACUUUCCAGGAUGCAAGACUGGAGUAUCAAGGGAUGCAGAGUGCAACUCGGUUGUGUGUAGUUUUACCAAACUUACGGUUUCUCCCAACUCUUCAUGCAGGUGCAGGCAUCCUACUUGCCCAAAACCAGGACGAGGAAGCAAAGGCAAGUUGCCACAUCCCACCUUGCUUAAAUGUCCUGACAGCAUGUCAGGCAAAUGCAAAACAGCUGAAACCGGGUUCCCAAAUUUCUCUGUUAAUGUGAAGGUUCCACAAAAACCCACAUUGCCAAACAGGACCAAGAGCUUAACGACACACAGAAGCUCUACAUCAGCUAAAAAGCCAACAGUUCCUAAAUUGAAAACAUAACCCUGUUAUAUUCAUCACUGUUGGAUGUUUGUCAUUUAGGAAAUAUAAUGCUGCAUCUAUGGUCAAGAGUUGCUCAAAAUAUAAUGAAAAUACUAUAAUAAUAAUAAAAAAGACCACAGGAGCAUUAAAAGUGUUUUUCUUUCUUUAUUCAUGGUGUCAUGUCAUUAUACACAGUGCAUCUGUUGAAUGAAUAUGAAUGCGGUAUUUGAACAGUUCAUUUGAAAACUGAUGGUUUAUGAAUAAUGGAAGAGACGAUGGGCUUCUUUAAAAUGGGAUUUCAGCAGAAGGGUGCACGACUAGUCAGGAUAUCCUCUUUGUAGGUUGUAUAGUGAUCAGAACGGGAUGUAAAUGUUGACUUACCCUAAAAAUAGAGACAAAUUCAGGUUAGUUUUAA